AUGGAAGACGAAUUGCAUCCCGAGGUGAGGAGUGACCGCACUGUGAUUCAAUCUCCAAAGGGAUAUAGUUGUUUUUGUGGUCAGAGAGGGAAAAAAGGUUACUUCAAAAGGCACCUCCAAUCGAAACAACACAGGCUAACAUCGGUUGCACUUGAAGACAUCAUCUUCGAGCAGAAAGAUGACCCCAUUUGCAAGAAAGGAUACGUCUGCCAUCCAUGUCAGAGAUUUUUUGGUGACAAGUCCAAUUUUGUCAAGCAUUUCUUAAGGAAGGAAGAUGACACGGCUGCAUGCAAUGGAAACAGGGUUGACACACUCCAAGAAUGUAUGGUCUAUGAGACAUUACAUUAUUGUCGACCAGUUCCACCACUGCAAUCUGGAGACUUGCUUGGUGACAAAGAAAUAUCCACCACAAUCCAUGUUCCUACCCCCAGUUCCAAUAUCACCAACAGUGCUACUGGAUCGGCAAACAUGAUUGCACGGGAUACUAUUAAAAUGACAAUCAACGCAGGCAAACAAUUGGCAAAGCAGCUAGUUCAAGACUAUGGUGCGCACGAAAGAAUGGUUCGGAUCAUUCAACCAUUUGUCCUGUCAAGCAUAGAGGCCACUCCACUGUUGGAUUUUUUGAAAACUGGAAACGAAAAAAUGAAAGAGACGCCAAGCCAUUUUAUUGCCGGUGCUGAAGAAUGGUUGAUGGAACAUUCUGCAAUGAUGAUUGGACAACUGAUGGGGAAUGUCCGGCAUGAGAUUGUUGCAUUUCGGGUGGAAACAGAGUAUGAAAGCAUUUUCACCUGUCGGGACAAGACAGGGCCAAUCCUAACUGAAUUAAAAAAAAUUAUCCAAUACACGUGGAGAUCCUUUGGCCUGCCUUCCGGUUUUGUUGAUGAACAUGAUCCAACAGAAGUUCCAAGGUAUCUGCACCUCCUUGCAGUACAAUCAGGGCAGAGUGUCAUUCACAAAGUACCUGCAAUUCUGAAGUUUCUAUCCUUCAGAAUCUUCAGUGGAACCAAACAAUUAAAAGGUUCUUUUGUGAUUGGUAGCACCAUGGCUACACUCCUCUAUCUCUGCAGACUAGGAUCUCUUUGUGUUGCAUACCGGAUGUGUGGUGAAAACUUUAUUCAAAGACAACUUGACUUGUGCCGGCAAGUCCAAUGUGGUCAAGUGGUACAAACAAUCUCACCACUGAUCCGUCAGCUACGGGAGUUUGAAAAGUUUCGAAAAACUCUUAGAGAUGGAGACUAUAUAACAAAUGAAGGAGAUAUCUUUGUUGGUGGGAACAAAUUUGAAAAGAAAGUCUGGUCUAGGCUCGUGCCAAAGAUUGAAGACCGUCUCUGUGACCUUUUUGGUCAACUUCUGAUUGGGAACGGGCAACUUUUGCUUUCUGUCUUGCUGGAUCCAGCUACCAGUCCAAAGACCACAUCUCUUGAUGGUGGAUUUGGAUUUCAAGUGACUGAUCAAGUUGGAUCAGCUAACUUUUGCUUUGAAGCAAAUGAGACUGUGAUGGAAAAGAUUCACAAGCUAAUACAACUUGUGUUCCACGGUCUUGGAUUUGGUGCAAUGCGGUUCCAAGAGAUUCUUGAAAUGGAGGAUUGUUCCACACCCAGAUUUUUUAACAAUCAGAUCUGGUAA